AUGCCACGAUCGAUAUGGCCGGUGCGGCACACCUUUGACCUCGCGCUGAUCUUGUUCGUGCUACAGCCGACGCUUUUGGUGUUCACGUUGGUCGACUUUGCACGUACAUCGGAGAGCACCACGUUCCUCGGCCAGAGCUUCGCGUACCUGUCCAGGGUACUUCGACCCGGCCAACGCGCGUCGAAUGUGGACAAGACUUCGCUCGUAUGGGAGGCUAUGCACAGUCUAUUUGGCAUCGCCCUCACGCAGGCGUGGUAUUGCGUACGAAUGAGUGGAUGGCUUAGUAUGGCCGAAGGAUACGAGCGGAAGGAAGACGCCGCGGCACUGAAGCGGCGCCGUAUACCUAUUCGUGCCCAGGUCGAGGCCAUUGUGUUUUCUUCAUUCUCGCUACCGCUGCUGUGGGCCCUAUCAGCUAGCAUCAUAUUCGCUCUUGGUGCGCCGGCGAAUACAGCCUACUUUGGCACCGCCAUUCUUGCGGCGCAUGUCACGCUUCUGGGCUUGUGGCCCGUUUCUCACAUUCUCGGCCUACCACCUUCUCCCAUGUGGUCGCGAAUCCUGGCUGCACCAUCUCAUGCUACGCCCGGUGAGAUACUGGUGCUCGUGCCGAGCGCGUGUGCUUGCCUCGGUGCCGCACUUGGUGCAUGGGCACAGGCCCUUGACUGGGGCCGUCUGUGGCAGACGUGGCCGCUACCCAGCAUGUACACCUCGGCUAUCGGACUCGUGGUGGGCCAUCUACUUGCUUUCGUCAUGGCUAUGUGGCAAAGGCCUCGGAUGGAAUCGAGCCGGCCGCCUGCAGCGAGGCAAACACGUUGA